AUGGGACCCAGCGACCGCAACCGGCCUAUAAGUAGGCAAGGCAAGGCCCCGUAUGGAGCAGCCCACGAGCGUCCAACCAGGGAGCCUCCCCGGGGAAUAAGUGAGUUCCCUCCAUCUGCCAAAUCCAGCCAUCCCGGGCCUGAUCUGACCCGCUUCCUGGCUGAUCACGGGCUGGUCAUCACGCUUCCUGGGCCUCGGGCAAUGGUGUCCUCCAUCACGUGGGGCUUUCUGCUGCUGGUGGGCCUGUGCAGCCAGGUCCCUGGCUCCAUGCGUCGACCCAAGCCUGCCAUUUACAAGCCCCCACGCUUCUUCAGCAUAGCUCCCAGACUGGACAACUUCACCUUCAAAUUGUACCGUGAACUGGUCCAUCAGUCCAAAAACAACAUCAUCUUCUCCCCAGUGAGCAUCGCUUUAGCCUUUCUGAUGCUCUCCCUGGGGACCAAAGGGGACACUCAUACCCAGAUCCUGUGGGGCAUAGAUUACAAGUUUAAGAAGCCGCCUAUGGCAGAGAUCCACAAAGGCUUAGCGCACCUCCUUGAAAUUCUCAAUCAGCCAGGCGACCAGAUCCAGAUAACCACCAGCACUGUGCUCGUCCUUGAUAAGAGGCUAAAGCACGCACACAAGUUUUUGGACAAUGUCAAGAGGCUGUACCACUCAAAAGCCUUCUCCGUCAACUUCAGGGACACUGAAGAGGCCAAGAAAGAGAUCAACGAUCAGAUAAAGGUAGAAACUCAAGGAAAAAUCGUGGCUGUGGUCGAAAAGCUUGACAGAGACACGGCUUUUGCUCUGGUGAACUACGUCAUCUAUGAAGGCGAAUGCAGGGAUGACUUCAGGGCCUACCGCUCGGUGAUAGAGGACUUCCACGUGAACCACAACGUGACCAUCCGGGUGCCCAUGAUCCACCGGCUGGGCAGGUGCAACGUGUACUGGGACCACGUGGUCCGCUGCUGGGUGGUGCUGCUGCCCUUCCAGGGCAGAAUCGCGACCUUGCUGUUUCUGCCCAAACAGGGCAAGCUGGAGUGGCUAGAGAAAAAGCUCUCCGAGAAGCUGCUCGCCAAGUACCUCAAAUUCUCACAUUCACGGGUUAUCAAUUUACAUAUGCCACGAUUUGUUAUUUCUGGAACCUAUGAUCUGAAAUCUCUCCUGGGCAACCUGGGCAUCACCAAGGUUUUCAGCCACGAGGCGGACCUCUCGGGUGUCACUGAGGAACAGCCUCUGAAGCUGUCCAAGGCCCUGCAUAAGGCUGUGCUGGACCUCAGCGAGAAUGGGACAGACCAUGGCGGGGACAUCCUCUCGAAAGACACCCGCUGGUCCAACCAUCAGAUCAUCAGCUUCAACAUGCCCUUCUUAAUCCUCAUCAAAGAUGAAAACACCAACAUUCCUCUCUUCAUGGGAAGGGUGGUGAACCCCCUGCAAAAUUAGCUUCCCCUCUGGGUUCAGUCCUCGGCUCGCAGGCCAGGUCCCCUCCCUAGGUAACUUUAAAGAAUGAUGUGGCCCAAGCUUGCAUGUGACACAUAAAUCACUCGUCCUCUUUUC